CGACGUUCCCGGGCUUUUGCGCAACUUAACCGAACGGCGACGUUAAGUGCGCGGCUGGUAGCAUGGCCGAGGACACCCGCGCCCGCGUUGCCGCGUUGCUGGCCUCGUCAGACGCGGUCGAGAUGGACGCCAUAGUGGGUCGCGUCAUGGAGGCCAUCGAUAGCGGCUACGAGAUGGUUCCGCUGGGCGACCUGGCGCGCGUCGCGACCAAGGAGCUCCGCGUGCCUGCCUUGGGAUCGCGCACGACGAGCGGGUGCUGCUCGGCCGAUACAAUCGAGAGCUGCACGUGUGUCUUUGCGAGCGAACCUGCCCACGUGCUCGUGGCACCCAAGGCGAACGCAUUGCUCGUCGGGUACCUCGAGUCGCGCCACAACCAGCUCUACCUCCAGGAUGCAAGCGCUCACCUGCGUGUGACAUUGACCCAUCUCGAUCCCAAUGCGCUCGGCCAGUGCUUGCUGGUGACGGCGUGGACGUAUGUGCACACACGUCUGCAAGGCCAUCUCGACGUCGCAUCCUAUACGGUCGUGCCACGCAACGCGCCGACAGCGUGGCAGACGCCAAGCUUCGACUGGGACGACCUCUUUCGCAUGCGUUAUCCGCGCCACAUGCCGCCAACGUACGGUGGACCAGGAACGCUUCUGGCAGCCCUCGCCGCCGCCACGUCGUCCGAGCUCGGUAGUACAAAAAGCCGCUCGUUCAUGGUCCGUGGGCGUCUCCGGGCCUUCUCACCCGUCGUCAAGUCGUACUUUUUUGCUGAAAUCGACUGUGUGCACGCUGGCGCCCGGCAGGUUGCGUCGGUACUCGUGGCUGGCGACGCCGUCCGCGUCCACCCGUGCUUGGUGCCCGGUAUGGACCUUGUCGUCACCGACACCAUCAAGAUUUUUGCCAAAGAGCACGGCAUCUACAUGCUGCAGACGACGCCGACGUCCGUUGUGUGGCGCGUGCCACCAAACCCGUCGUCGUUGCCGCCCUUGGACAUCGUUGCCGUCGACGAUCUCGACACCGACGUCGGCGGUAGCAUGGUCCAUGUCCGCGGCGUCGUCACGCGGUACCUCGGGCCCGACACGUUGGAGCUCAGCCACCGAUGGACACUCCAGUGCAUGCACUUUCCACCCAGUUGCGUUCUUCGCGUCGGGGCCGCCGUCGUCGCCUACCACGUGCACGUGACGGCGCCACGAACGCUCGGUCUAUGCGCGAGGAGCACGCUUCUCGUCGAUGCCAUCUCGACUGCGCAUACGCGGCUCUUGCGACCGCACGUCCAUCUCAAACAGUCGUCACUCGCGCUACACCAACUGCCGCUGCCGACCGUCGCAGCACUCACAGCGCUCCUCCCACAACUUCUCGACAAAUUUGGUGGUCGGCGGCCCGCGUCCGAGACAGCAUCGCCACCGGCGUGGCAUCUCGUGGCCUUGGCCAAAGGCGACCGCGCCGUCUGGCGCAAGCGCGAGCUCUUGCGAGCCAUCGCUGCGCGCCAAGGCAUCGAAUGGACGGCAACACUCCCGACGCUCGCCGCAUCGUUUCUGCAGCACGAAAUGGACUGCUUUAGCAGCCGCGCACCGAAUCGACCGCUCCGAACUGCCAUUACCAUCGCGAACCUCAUCGAGGUGGCGCUGGCGGCCAAGAGCGACACGCUGUCGUCGGACGUCGACGACGUCUUGGCACCGUUUCUUGUGCUUGGAUGCAUCAUUGGGUGCGCGGCCACGGCGUCCUGUGCCCUCGCCGACCGCACGGGGUCGAUUCCUCUCGUGCUCUUGCCGUCGUCACCACCGACGCACGUGCCAACGGCGACGCUCUACGAAGUUCGCACGUUCCAACUGCACAUGCACCGCGUCGGCGGAGGCGGCGCCGGGACUCCAGGACUGUUUGUCCGCGGCGAUGCGACGUACGCGGUCCAUCUCACGUGCGCGGUCGAGGCGCUGGUACCGCUGAGACCGCAAGACAACCAAGAAGACAGUACUAGUGACGAGAGCGCAUCGAUGGCGUCGCCGCUGCUGCUGCUGGUCGAGCACGUUCAAGUCCACAACACGGGGCUCCUCGUGCAUGGUAUCGACGUCACGACGCCGUCGCAGCCGCACAUGGUACACGUCCUUGUCCCGAAUGCACCGUGGCACGUCGGCGCCCGGGGCGCUGUGUGGCAACUGGACCGCUCAACGCUCACGAAAAGUCGCGAAUUGACGUUCACACCACCGGCGGCCCGGGGCGCAUUCGAGCUGCAUCGAAUCAUCGCUCAGUUGCCGAGCUACUGGGGAAGCCUCUCGGACGACGCGCUGGCCGUCGACGCCGUGCUUGCCGCCCUCGCCAAGCGUCCCCAUGAAAGGCUCUCUCUCGUGACGUACCAAGCGUCACCGUUCACGCGCAUCCAAGGCGUGCACAUCAAACCCGAUGCCCCUUUAGCUUAUUCCGACACGAGUCCUCCAUGUACGCUCACGGUGGCCACAAAGGUGGUGCCAGCGCGGCAAUGGCGCGAGAUCCAGCUCCUCCAAUCGAUCCUGACGUCGUUAGAGCCGCUGCGGCAUCCCAAAGAGGUCUGCGUCGUGCCGCUUGUCCAUCAACCGUCCACGGCGCCUGUCACCGAGUUUCUCGCGCUCCCAAGCGUUCACAAAGACGUGCUCGUCUCGCUUGUCGGACGCGUCGUCUCGGUGCACAUGACGUACCACAAGGAUGUGCUUCGAGGGCAGGACGAUGCGCUCAUUCGCGUCCAUUUGCAAGACCUCAAGUCGCGCGACCUUGUCGACAUUACGUGGAACGUGGGAAAAUACGCGUAUCCGUCCGGCCUCGGUCCCGGCGCCGUCGUGACCUUUCAUCGCAUCAAGAUGCACAUUCGCCGGCUCUCGUUCAAACCGUACUUUGCCAUGCUGCACACGACGCGGGUGGUGGUGGUGCACGUGACCGAGGUGCCGUCGCCGCCGCCCGUGCCGCGCAAGCUGCUCUUGGAACUCUACCAAGUCGACGUCGCCGAUCGACGCUACUAUGAGCACGUCGUGACGGUCUGCCAUCUCUCGUACGCAACGUUGAAGCUCCAAUGCGCGCGGUGUCAGCGCGUCGUUGUUCGGGACGGCCACGGGUCGUUGCGCCACGCCCAAGAAGACUUGGCGCCGUGCCCUCGCUUGGUUCGCGACGUGGUCGUGCUAUGCAGCGUCCGAUGUCUCGUCGACGACGGCACCGCCCAAGUCGAAGUCUACGCGUCGGGCGAUGCCGCGUGGCAUCUCCUCCAUGUGUCGGGAGCGGCGCGGGCGCAGCACGAAGCCACGGCCGUCGCGCUUGGCGCCGAGCUCGCCUACUUUAGCAACACGGCGCCGGGCCUCUUUGACGCGCCGUCGCCGCAGAUGCAGUUUCAUGUCGACGCGUGGCGUGCGUGCAUCCAGAACGAAGCCCGUCGUCACACACAGAUCGUCUUGCAUGCCAAGCGGUUUUACGCCAAACUCAAGCCGGCGCCAGAUCUCUCGAUCCUGCGCUGCGGCGAAUUCCAGCUGCGGACGCCCGUGCAGCCCAUGGUGCAGCUGGAAGCGAUCGCGGUUCACGACCUACAUGUGCGCUACGAGUGGUGGAGCAUCCAGCAGGACUUGCAGGCGCUCCAGAUUGCUUUCUAGUCGAGGGGUCCGCAUGUUGGCCACACACCGCGUACAUCACCAGUCCACCAAUAGAAUACAUUGUGUCGUG